AUGGGCACUGUCGCGAAACAUUUCCCCGGACAACGUAUGAUUGUAUACAACUUGGGAAAUAUUGAGAGGAAUACUUUCAAGGAUUUCAGCUUUAUUGAAUUCCGAGAUUUCAACUUCUCACAUUAUCCCGAUUACGUCAAGAAUUUGGAUGAGUAUCGCUGGAAACCGAUAAUUAUUGCG